UUCGAGGAGGGAGCUGUCAGUCGAUCUAAAAGCAUUUUUUUUUCUUCGUUCACUCCGUAUUUGUACGAUUUUUUUUAAUAAAGUUCGAGUCCCGAUUGCGGAACUCGGUGGGCAUUAAAGAUCAAAGCUUGUUUCGCAUCUUUAUUUGCUUCUGUUUUUCCAUAACUGCGAAGUCCGCGAUCUAAUCGAUUUAGUGAAGCCCAGUGUACACACAGAUAUAACAAACUCAUACAUAGAAAUAUCACGAAGCGGUAGAGCCCGUGACAAAGUUGCCUUUUCGCGUUUACGACCCAUUUACUCGUGCCUGUAUACUUCUCAAAUUCAUCCUUCGAAAUAAAAAUUUUCUCGAUUUUUUGUGUCCUCCAGGUUCGUUCGACAUUUUUAGCGCGAAUUUUUUUCUCUCCACCCCUUAUACCGCCCACAUUAUGCUGUAAUACGGUCAAAAACAAGUUUUCCUUUCGUUCUUCCUUUCUUUAUACCUUUUUUUGUCUGUCGUAACUUCGUGUGCGCGUACUACUCCGCUGUCGCUUUGUGUACAAUUUUCAAGCUACGUGCGAUUUUGUAAACAAUAUACGGACGAAUCGUGAUUUUGUGAUGUGUGCUCUGAAAUCAAAUAUUUUUGCUAUUACACGAAAUAUGGAUUUUUGACAGAGUCUAACGAAUCUGCCUAUGAAACAUCCAACGACUCAAAAAUCAUUUGAAAUAACUACGCGUCAUAAAUGUGACUGAUGGAAAUCUACAUUGAUACUCUUCAUUCUCGAAGCCUAACUAACAGAGUUUUGACAAAACAAAUGAGAAAAAUUGAGGGCACCAAUGCGAAGGAGGAAAUGACAAUGCAAUGAUAUUGAGGGAGCAAGAAAGGAUGUUGAUGCUGAAAAGAUGAGGUUCUUAGCGGCACAGGAGGAUGGGUACGGGGUAGGUUUGGUGCAGGACCGACUCCCCGACUAUGCGGACGAAAGGAUGAUGGCUGCCACUGGUGAUACGGAGCCAGAGGAGCUGCAAAGGGUGGAGGAAGGUUCUAUGAUAUCAAAUCUUCCUCUUCUGUUUGCCGAUGGAUAUCCAACCUCUCUAGAUAAAAUAUCGCUGGUACAACUAGAACGCUUCAUAGCAUUCAUGGUACAGUGUUCAUUGGGACACGAUACAGCGGAAGUAAUAAGUGAACCUCAAUGGUGGCCUAAGGAAGUGAGAUUUACUAAUCCUUUGAUUCGACCUAAGAAGCUAAACGACAGCUGGAUGGCGAAUUUAAAGAAAUUAGUAUUUAGGUGCUACACGUACCACAGGAGCGAAUAUUUGUUACGCUUCUGUUCUUACCUCGCACAAUAUCCGCGAGACAAACUUUAUUAUGUGAAUAAUUGGGACUCGACGACAAGUCUCUACCACAAGGUCACGGGGAAGUUGUUAGUUACCUUUCGCAAUGAAAACAUGAACUAUGACAAAAUUGUGGAGAGUCCCCGAAGAUCGUUGUUGCCUCAGCACGGAUGUUCCUCCGGUUUUCCGAACAAAACGAAGCAACAACAACAAAAAAAACAAUCCCACUCGUUGGUCGUCAUACAACCGCCAUCGGACGAAAUUUAUUUGUGCGACAAUUGCGAUGCCGAAUUCGUUGGACUCGAGAAAAUGAAGGCUCAUGAGAAGACGUGCGGAGAGCAAAGUACGCCUUUUUCGAGAUCGCAGACUCCGAACGAAAUUUCGCCAGCGACGGAAUUACCCCAAAAUCAAUUUCUCGAGUACUUUCGGUUAUUUUCAUCGGAAAGUCAAGUGUGCAAGCGAUCCGAGGCUCCGAGACCAUUUUUGGACGAUCCGGUGAUUUUAACGGAGAACCGAACGUCGCGCCGAGUUCGCGGUUCCAUUAAUUUGACGAGGUGUCCGGCUAUCCCGUUUUCUUCACCAGCUGGUCUUGCAAUGGCGAAGAAAUCGAAAAUGAUGACCGAGGGGACUCAACAGGAGCGCCUCGAAAGGAUAGAGCGUUAUAUGCACGCACCCGCUCUCUCUCGAUCCGUCAGACCGAAAUGGCUCGAUCGAUUGGUCGAGUACAAUCGAUGGGUUGUUACCUACAAAUCACUCAAUCGGGAUAGGCCUUUAACCGAUGACACACAGCAACAGUUUACUCACGAGUAUAAAUUCAAUGCUCGAAGACAUAAAUUAGUACUGAGCAUUCGUUCUCAAUUGCUGUAUAUGAGUUGCAAGCCAAUAUACGUCUCGGUGGAGCGUCUCAGUGAAGCCCAAAUAGCAGAAUUACGUCGAGAUCCAACCAAGUACAAGUGUCCAGUGGGAGGAAUAACAUCGCGAGUGCGAUUGCGACCAGGUCCGAAGUCAUUACCAAAGUGUCGUCGAGCAGACCGCUCGAGUUUGACGUUGAAGGGCAAAAAAUUGGAUGUCGAGAGGCGAAGAAUGUCCGAAUCGACGAUGCUUCAUGAUACGAGAACAAAUGCGGUGUUGAAUAGUAAACUAAGUACGGAAAUUUUGGAGGAUUUCGCGGUGAUAACGCCCAUCGAAGAAACUUCAAGUCAAUCGUCCAAUAGGAGCAACGAUGUUGACAAACUUUCAAAAAAAAAUAUUGUUUUCGUCGAUCUCUGCUCUUCGGACGAAGAAAAUGAGACUGUACCUUUUUCAGCCGAUGAAAAUCGAGAUCCUUUACGCAGAAAUUCCUCCACUAUGACCAACAACAAAUCCUCUCUGGUCAAAAAUUUGACCAACAAUAAAUUUCGCGCGAAAAGCUGCGUUCGUGCAUCACCCGAUUCUACGAGUGACUGGCUACGGGACAAUGUUCUUACUGACGACAACGACAAAUGUCCUGGCAAAUGCCAUCCCAAUGUUGUUCUAGAGACUUGUACCCAAUUUUCACCGAUUUUCAAACCUACACCUUGAUCAACAAAACUCUGAAACGGGGACGAAAAAAACGAAAAGAACACAGACUAUCCGGAAGCAUGGAUGUUGAAUUUUGCAGUGUUGGGAAAGCAUCGCAAUUUCUUUUUUCUCAAUAUUCUAUUGGGAGUAUUUUGCUCCGAAAGCGUUUAUUGCUGUAUUUUUGCUCGAGGAUUCGUUCUGUAUUCAUAGAAAAACGAGGGCACUUCGAGUUCACAAAAAUUUUUCGAGUUAAAAAUCCAGGUUCAUUCAAAUUUGAGUUCUAGCGAUUCAUCAACAAUGCAGACCCUUUUGGAAUGUUACUUAUUCUCGUUGCCAUUUUCAAAAUCAGCCGUAUUUGAAAACAAAAAUACAAAAUUGAGGCAAACUUCUGGGACAGUUCAAACGUAUUUACAAAGGUCGACGAAUCCACACGGCAUUUGAAAUAUAUUUAACUGUGAAUAUUGAAGUGGAAAGAAAUUCAACUCUUUACAAUCAAGUAAAAAAACUCGAGAAAAAAAAACGAAAAAUGAAGUGACAUCAAAGAUUAAUGCUCCAUCAAUUCAUUGUUCCAUUCAUUUGUUAAUCACAAUUUCUUUUCGUUAUUGCUGAAAAUGGUCAUUAGAAGAAUCUCCAGAUUGGAUAUUUUUACUCGAAUUAUAUAGUAAAUAUCGAUUUUUAGAAUCCGAAUUCACGAGUAGCAACAUUCUAAAGAUUCAAAGAAAUUUCGUUGCUCCCCAAUAGCAACGUUUAAUCUCGACGGAAUAUUGAACGAUACAUAUUUACAAGAUAGCAUUAAAUAUCAUAAUUAUUUUAAAAUCAUAAUACGCGUUAAGUUUGUUAUAGUAUUUAUUGUUUAUAUACGUUACGAAGACAUGAGUAGAGCGUGUGAAAGUGAUUAAGUGCGAGUGCGAUGAAUGGCAGGGAAAAGUUUGUGCAUGGACGUAUCUGGCUCUGUCCUCGUUUACAAUUAAUUUUUGUUUUCGAGAUUUUUCGAAUAUUCGAAACGAAAAUUCUAUAUCUAUUUGUGAUAGAUAAAAACUUAUCCGAAACGAACUCGUAUUUUGUGUUUACAGCGGCGAAAAUAAACGAUCAGUGAUAAAAAAUAUGAAAAUAACUAAUAAAUGAAUAAAAAAUAAUAAGUGGAAAUAGAAGUUUAUAAUCAAAGAUAAUGGCGAGAUAUAGUGCCGCGAAUCGUUAAUAUAAAUAUGCGUUCAUCUAUUUUCACAGAAGAGAGAAAACGAAAUCGUUGAUAUUUCCUACGGUACGAAAUAUUAGUUGUUAAGCAUUUUUUACGACUGGCUAUUUCUAGUCAAAUCUGUGGCGAAAUUUAAUCGAUUCUUUUUACGAGCUUUACACACAAAAUAUGAAGAGUUUUCUCGCCCUCGCUUUUUAAUUCUGUUCAAGUAUAAUGUCAAUAAAUCAAUCAAAUUAUCUACUCUCCAACGUUGAUUUCACCGUUCAUUUGUUUUUAUCCAUUGGUUUUUUUUCUUCAACUUGACAAUAUGAAAAAUACAUUUCUUGGAUAUUUCAAUUAAAUAUUGAUUAUUUUAUCUUUAUUGCAAUGUUCAUAUGCAUAUGCUGUUAUGUAUCAUCGUAGAGAUCAAAUUCAUUCUGUAAAAUAAGAGUCCAAGUUUUUCCAAUCACCUUUCGAGAAUGCGCUGAAACAUGAGAUUUUUUUAACAAGUCGUAGGGAAUUUUCAUUUUGUAAAUAUUGCAUUCAUUUAAGAGAAAAAGGGUCUCGUCUCGAUAUUUAUUGGAAAAACAUGGUUCGCGCCAAUGAAACAUUUCGUUUUUUCUUAUUUGAAAAUUUGGUUCCGCGUUUUUCGUUGAUGUCAACAUGUAGAAUGUUUUUUUUUUUUUUUUUUUUUUUUUUAUUACUAAAAGCAGAAAAUUUGGAUAAAUAACCAAUGAAUUCUGGUGAAAAAAUAUCAGUUUCUGACAAAGAAAUAAAGUUCCAAAGAUUUUCGAUAGUUUUCAGACUUUUUGCCGAAAAACGUUGUUUUUUUUUUUUUUUUUAAGGAAAAUGAAACUGAAUCAGCACGUAAAAACAAUCGAACGCAAAAUUUCGCUACACUGAUUUAACCGGAAAUGACAAUAGGCCCGAAAGGAAAAUUUGGCGUGGGUUAAAAAUCGAUUUUUGACAUAACUGAAGAAUCUUGAACGAUCUCCGAUUUGUUUGGAUUCUUUAAGACACACAGGAGGAGGAAAGAAUCUCGUCCAAGAAACCUCAAAAUUUGUUCGUCAAUUUUCAAUACGACUUGGUUUAUUAUCGCGCUAAUUGUAGGUAAAGAUAGUUUAAAAUUUGUAUAAACACAUGUAGCGUCUGCGGCAAUCGCAGAUUAGCAAUGGAUUUAAAUUUACGAACCACUUCGUCGAAUUUUCAUACAUCAUAGCUCACCGUUCGAGACGAAUGAAAUUUUUUCGAAAAAUAAUGAUCCAGAACAGAAAUUUCGAAAAGGAAUUUUCGCAAAUUUUGUUUCUGCUGGUACAGUUUCUUUUUUUCGUUAGACGAAAAUUUUUUGGUAAUUUUAUACCAAACCCAAAAGAUUUGUCUACCAAAAAAUUCGACUGAAAUUGUCUCGAAGAGCGUUUAAUGUAUGUGUGUGUGUGUGUAUGUAUGUGAAAAGGGUAUAAACACGCAAAAAAAUUGCUCGAACAAGAAGGAGAGAAAGAAGUAAAAUCGGAAAAGUAACGAUCAGUUUAUGCUUCGGUUAAUCGAGAAAUUUUAUACGUACUGUUUUUUAACAUUCGAAACUACUUAGAACUACUCCUCGAGCACAAAAUAUUUUUAUAAAAAAUCAUUUUUUGUUGCAUGUGUCGAUAUAGCAGGAAAACAAAAGAAAAACAAAAUUAAUGGUAACAAUAAUAAUCAUAAUUAUUAAUAAUAGAAAUAUCAACGAUGGUAACGUGGGUGCAUUGAUGAAAAUAUAUAAAAAAAAAAAAAAAAACAUUAAGGACAUAAUUAGAGUGUCCUCAUUUUGUCAUGUCUCGGAAUCAACUCGUUUCGAUCAAGACCAAUAUUUAUAACUUUUUCUCUUUCUUUUCUUCUUUUCUCUUAUUAAGGAUGUUUUACGCGUAUAUUUCAAGCCAAAAGCUUCAAGGCAUUGCCAUUCGGCAAUGUGACAAAAUCUUUUUUCCCUUCGAUGUUUUUCAAACUUCAUGAUACAAAAAAAACGUACGAGUAGAGUCAAUUCCGAGAAGAAUAUUCGUAUGGAAAACCGAAUAAAAGUUCGGAAGAAAAAAAAACUUUUUUUCACAUUCGGACAAUUGGAGAAAUUUUCGAUAUUAUAAAAAAAAAAUGUUGAUCGAGAUUUAAAACUUUUCGUAAAAUGAAUAUAAAGAAAUGUCUUGGCUAGAAAUGCACUAAUGAAACAUCGUUAAUGAAAAUAGAGACUGCUACUCUCAUAUUAUUCUCAAGUAGUUUUAUUUGCGCUAUUUUAUAUCUCGAGUCUAAUGAGGCCGAUCACGAGCGCAUACACGUACACAUAAAAACAUUAAUUUGCCGAAAAACUAACCAGGGGAAAAGAAGUCGAUGAGACGAGAAAGAAAAAAAAAAGUGUAAUAUCCAUCACGGGCAUUGUACGAGUAAAUUUCAUUCGAAUAAUUAUGAAUCGAUUGAGAAGUGUCUAAUAUUACGGUUGCGAGUAUCGAAUCGAGCAUAUUAGUUUAUUAUUCUGCCUGUUCUACUUUACAAAAUGUACAUAAAUAUUAAAGUAUUCAUCAUUGAGACAA